AUGCAGACCAAGACUCUCUUCGCCCUCGCCGCCGCCGUUGCUGGCGCUGCUGCUCAGACCACCUCCACGGUGACCUCGUUCUCCAACGCCACCACCACCGUCACCACCGUUGUUGCCGAGUUCACCACCUACUGCCCGGAGCCGACUGUCCUGACCUUCAACGAGAUCUGCUACACUGUCACCGAGCCCACCCACCUCGUUGUCACUGACUGCCCCUGCACGAUCGUCACUGAGGUCCCCGUUGAGCCCACCCCGGCGCCCCCUGCCGGCACUGGCGUCUGGACCGUGCCCGUCGUGCCCUCCCCCAGCGCGACCUACGUCGUCGUUGCAGGUGCCCCGGCCGUCAAGAACAUGCUCGGCGCUGCCGUCGCCGUCGGCGCCGCUGCCAUCGGUGCCGCUGUCCUGUAA